GGUCUGGGAGUGCCGAGUCGGUUGCGCCGCAGCGCCCGGUUAUUUGCACCUCCUGGGUCUCUGGUAGCCGCGGGAGCCAGGUUGGGGCCUCGGCGAUGAUCCGGCUUUAAGGACCUGGGAUCCCCUUCCUUCUCAGGUGGUUUGGGGAAGGUGUGGGGGAACCAAGGAUCAUCUGUUCGACUAGACCUUUUGCCCUGAACCUCAUGAAGAAAUGAAAGGAGGCAAGCAUAUGUGCUUAAGAAAAGCACUGAGUUCAAGGGACAGCAGCACAGAAUUCUGGGGGUUUGCUUUGUUGUGCAGUGUCCUCUGUCUUGACCACACCUGUAAUUCACCUCUGUGAUUCUUCAUCUGCAUGGCCAUUGCCUUACGUCAGUGAAGGGGAAUCUUUUAGAGCUUUCACUGAUACAAACUGUUAGCCCUCCACAUUGCGGAAGGAGUUGUGUACAUCAAUGGCAGAAUCAUCUAGUGAUUCAGAGCACUUCCGCUGUCGUGACCGACUGAGUCGAUGGGCUGCCGGGUCAGCUCACAGAGAAACUCGAAGUUACCCUACAGUAGAUGUUGCAGAGAAGGUCAACACUAUCACAAGUACUUUACAGGACACCAGUCGGAACCUGAGACAAGUGGACCAGAUGCUUGGGCGAUAUCGAGAAUAUAGUAGUGGACGGGCAGGUGCUAUAGAACAUUUAAAAGAAAGCUUGGAACAAUCAAUAGGCCAGCUGCAAAGUCAACGUUUAUUGAGAAACUCAGGAGGGAGAAGUAUGUCCGUUACAAGUCUGAGUGCAAGUGACAUUGAUGGUGGCACUAUGACAGAAGGCCACCGUUUUCCACCUACCUCACCUCUGAAGGAAUCUGAUCCACAGGGUAAUAAAAGAAUUAAGUCCAGAACGAGUGUCCGGUUUCGGGAGACUGAAGAUAUGGCCCAGCUUCAUGCUUUUCAUCAGUCCCUCCGAGAUCUCAGCAGUGAACAAGUUCGCCUUGGUGAAGAUUUCAACAGAGAGCUUUCCAGAAGGAGCCGGUCAGAUGCUGAAACAAAAAAGACUUUGGAAGAAUUGACUGAAAAACUUAAUCAAGCCCAGAAACAAGAAGUGGUUUCAGAUCGAGUGGAGCGGAGGCUUCAGGAAAUAGAAAGAGAGAUGCGUACAGAAAGAGAGCUGGUGGAAAGACGCCAGGAUCAAUUGGGAUUGAUGUCCUUACAGCUACAGGAGGUAUUGAGGAAACAAGAAAAUAAAGCAGAAGAGAAAGAGGGAGUAAUGAAAAAUAAGCUAAGACAAACUGAAAGUGAGAAGAGUCAACUUGAGCAGGAAUUGGAGUUAUCUCGAAGGUUAUUGAAUCAGUCAGAAGGCAGCAGAGAAGUACUUUUGCAUCAGGUAGAAGAACUGCGUACACAACUUACAAAAGCAGAAGGUGAUUGGAAGGGUUUACAACAUCAACUACCCCAGAUUUCCAAGCAACAGUCAAACCAUCAGGAUGAACAAGGAGAUGACUGGAGGUUUAGGAGAGGGGUGGAGUGGGAAAAACAGGAUCUGGAGAAGCAGAUGUCAGAUUUGAGAGUACAGCUGAAUUUCAGCGCAAUGGCAUCUGAGUUAGAGGACGUGAAGCGGUGCAUGGAGCGAAAAGACAAGGAGAAAGCAAAUUUGGCAGCGCAAAUAGAGACUUUAAUAUGUGAACUGGAGAACAGGGAAAAACAACAGCUACAGAUGUUGGAUAAACUCAAAGAAAUACAAAACCACUUUGACACAUGUGAGUCUGACCGUAAGCAUGCUGACUUCCAGAUCUCAGAGCUGACGCACCAUGCGGAGGAUGCUACCAAGCAGGCCGAGCAGUACCUCAGUGAGUUACAGCAGUCAGAGGCUCUGAGAGAAGAGGCAGAAAAGAGGAGAGAAGACCUGAAAACAAAAGCUCAAGAGUCCAUUAGGCAGUGGAAGCUCAAGUAUAAGAAAUUAGAGCGAGCCCUGGAGAAACAAUCUGAAACUCUCAAUCAGCUGACAGAAAAGAAUAAUCAGAUUCUAAAAGAAAAGGAUGCUUUGAAAAAUCAGCUUUAUACUGCAAUGCAACAGAUAGAGAAUCUUAGAAAAGAAUUGAGUGAUGUCUUGACUAAGCGUGCCCUUCAAGAGGAAGAGAUUCACUCUAAGGAGAAGAAACUCACUGAUAUUAAGUCUCAUCAAACUGACCUUGAACAAGAAAUCAAGAAUUCUUUGGAUACCAUCCAUAGACUCGAGAGUGAAUUGAAAAAGCAGAAUAUGGUUCAAAGCCAGAUGAAAUUUGAGAAAGCUCACCUGGAGGAAGAAAUUGCAGAACUAAAGAAGAGCCAGGCUCAGGACAAAGCUAAAUUUCUUGAGAUGCAAGAGUCUAUCAAGGAUUUAAGUGCCAUUCGAGCAGAUCUUGCUAUUAAAUUGGCUGAAGAAGAGAGAGCCAAGAAAGCGGUGCUUAAGGACCUUUCUCACCUCACAGCCCAGGCAAAAUCCAAAGAUGAAGAAACAGCUACUGUCAUCACGCAGCUAAAGCUGGAGCGAGAUGUUCACCAGAGGGAGCUGGAAGAUCUCACAUCAUCUUUGCAGAGUGUGAAAAUGAAACAUGAACAAAAUAUUCAGGAGCUGAUGAAACACUUUAAGAAAGAAAAGAGUGAAGCAGAGAAUCAUAUUAGGACACUGAAGGCAGAAGGCUUAGAAGAUAAGAAUAUAGCUAAAAUCCAUCUUUGUCAGCUGGAGAAUUUGAAAUCACAAUGUGAAAGACUAACAGAGGAAUUAUCCCAGAAUGAAAAUGAGAACAAAAAAUUGAAGCUAAAAUAUCAAUGUUUGAAAGACAAACUAGAAGAAAAGGAAAAACAUAUAAGCAAUGAAGAAGAGCACUUAAGGAGAAUGGAAGAGGCGAGAUUGCAGCUUAAGGAUCAACUUCUUUGUCUGGAGACUGAACAAGAAUCCAUUCUUGGAGUGAUAGGAAAGGAAAUUGAUGCAGCUUGUAAAACUUUCUCCAGGGACUCAGUAGAGAAAUUGAAAGUUUUAUCCUCUGGUCCUGUUAUACAUUAUGACCCACAUCGCUGGCUAGCAGAAAGUAAGACUAAACUUCAGUGGCUCUGUGAGGAACUAAAAGAAAGAGAAAACAGAGAGAAGAAUUUGCGGCACCAGCUGAUGCUCUGCAGACAGCAGCUCAGGGAGCUGACGGAGAGUAAGGAAUCUGAGCUGCAGUGUCUCUUUGAACAGAUAGAAAGGCAGGAGCAGCUUCUGGACGAAAUACAUCAGGAGAAGAGAGGUUUGCUAGAAGAGACCCAAAGAAAAGAUGAAGAAAUGGAAUCUCUGCAGGACCGUGUAAAUGCAUUAGAAAUGAGUACCCGAGUGGCCUUGGACCAUCUGGAGUCUGUACCUGAGAAACUGAGCCUACUGGAAGACAUCAAAGACUUUCGAGAUUCCCACUAUUCCUCUGAAAGAAUUAAUGGUAGAUCUUCUAAAUACAGGGUUCACAGAGAUUCUCUUAAGCAAUGCCAAGAUGACACUAAGUACAGAAUCAAAAGCUUGAAGGGUGACAAAACCUUUGCUGAAGGUUCCCACACUCGUGGGUUAAAUCACUCAUCCUCUUGGCAGGAUCACGGUCGCUUCCAGUCUAGUCCACGGUUUUCAUACGUGAACUCAUUCACCAAAAGAACCAUUGCUCCACAUCCAGCUUCAAUCAAGGAAGAUGCCACAAGUUUACCAAUGAAUGGAACAAGUCCACAAUCCAAGAAGGAGGAAUAUGACAACAAAAAACCAAAAUGAAAUUAGUUACUUUACUUGAGUGUUUUACAAAUAGCCUAUUUACCCUUGCUGCCAUCUGGUCCCGGUUAUCUAACAGACGAACCUGGGGCUUAGGCUUUUUGGUAUUGCUGAACAUUGACUAAAAUGACAAUACAAUAUAGUCUUUGUGAAUGACAUAAGUUUAGCCAAUCUAAAUAAUAUCAGUUCAUGAACAGUGUGCAGCUAAUUUAUUGGCAACUUGUACCAGUGAGAAAGGAGUGUUUUUCGCUAUGCAGUUUUUUUUUGUUUUUUUUUUUUUAAGUGUGGUCAGUCACAGUUUCCUGACCAAAAUUUGGUUUUAUAAUUUGAAAAUUAUUGACUAAAAAGAUGGAAAAUGAAUUCUCCUCUGGGCAAAAGUUGCCAGCACUUUAGAUUCAGGGAGCAUUUAUAUAUAAUUGAUUUUUUAAAAAAUGCUUUCUCCCUAAUAAAUUAUCAUGUGUUAUAACAUGUCAUGGAGAUAUGCAUAUAUAUUAGGCAGUCCACUUUAUAAAUGCUUGGAA